AGUCGAGCUGAUCUUGUCGCAAAGUCUCAGUUCGAGUGGAAUUUGUACUUAGACCCCAAUCUUUUGUGCUCAUGUACUUUGGCAUAUGCCAUGGAAUCCUUGGAGGACGGAGCUCAAGUCCUUCUCGUGCGAGCAGUCGCUGCGCAGAUGACAAGGUGGUGCUGAGGAGUAUUGGGCACACUCCAAGACCAGAGUUGAAGACAAGCAAGGAUGUGUCUUUGGCAAUCAGUGCUUUGGGAAGAAAGAAGUUGUGGGCAGAAGCUGUAAGGCUGCUCUUUGACUCUCUCGAACAGAGUAUUCAAAUCAAUGUGAUCGUCCUGAACUCGGCUGUUUCCGCUUGUCAGCGUGGGCAAGAAUGGCCGACCGCAUUGAAGCUCGUCGCUGAUGCGGUUUUACACUGGGACUGGUUGCAUCCUGACAUUGUUUCGUUCAACUCCAUUGCUUCAGGGUUUUCUGUGCAAGGCUGCUGGGAGGUGGCCCUUGCCAUUUUUGAUUUCGCUCAGAAGAGCCAACUUCAACUUGAUCAGCGAAGUUACACAAGUGUGUUACAAGCUUGUUCUUCUGGCCGUUGGGAUGUAUCCAUGCUGAUUCUCCAUGAUAUGCUGCAGCAUGCAGUGCAGGCUGACGCGUUUGUUUCCGCUGCAGCCGUCUCCUCUUGUGACACGAACUGGGAGCUCGCCCUGAGCCUUCUCACAUCCUUACAAUGCUUAGAGCAAGUCGACCAGCAUGAUUCCAAUUGGCAGUCAGCGUCAAAAGACAAUUGGCAGGUGCCUGUUUCAAGCGCCAUCAAUGUUUGUGGCUUUGCUGGUCAGUGGACCAUCGCCUUAGGGCUUUUUGCCACGAUGCUGGAGAGAUCCAAGCUCCCAAAUGUGGUCACCUACGGGACUGUGAUGAGUUCUUUGGAGCGAAGCUGUCGCUGGGCAGAAGUGCUGGAACUUUGGGAUGGUUUGUGCCAGGUUGGCAUUGAAAGAAACGUUUACAUCUACAGUGUAGUCAUGGGAUCGCUGGAGAAAGCAUCCCUGUGGGGUAUGGCCUGUGGGAUGUUCGUGGAGAUGAAGCGGUCAGCAAUUCCUCCGACAUCUGUCAGCUAUGAUGUCCUGAUGCGUUCAUGUCGGCGUGCAGGGUGGCAAAGGGCUUUUUCCCUCUUGGACUCAAUGCAAGAAGACAGCGUCAAGGUGACGGUGAGGACUUUGAAUGCUGCCCUCAGUGUUCUCGAAGCAGAGAACUUGUGGGCUGUAUCGCUUCACCUUUUAAGGAGCAUGAAAGGCAUCGGAGUGGAAGCUGACAUUGCCUCUUAUAGCACCGUGGCAAGCACAUGUGCAGCAACAGAUGCCUGGCAGCUGUCCAUAAACUUCUUGGAGGAGGCGCGGACGGCCAAACUGGAGCUCGACACGAUAUUUGCGGGCGUUUCAAUCUGGGCGUGCGAAAAGGGCUCUCGGUGGCAGCAAGCACUGGGUACGUUGAUGGACAUGGCUUCAAGAGCUGUGAAACUGAGUGAGAUCUCCUUGAGUUCGGUUUUGCGAGGUUGUCAGAGUGCAGGAAGGUGGGAGGAGGCUUUGAGCAUUCUUUUUGCAGCUUUGGAAUGGAGAGCACCCAUGGGUGUGGGAAUGUACAACGCCGCCUUAGGGGCCUGUUCUUCUUCAAGGUCUUGGGAACGGGUGGUGAGCCUUUUCGAGACAGCACGUAGCUUCCACCUGCAACCUGAUGCAGUUACUCUGACUACGCUGAUGUCGGCUUAUGAGACUGGUUUUCAGUGGCAAUUCGCCGUGUGCACGCUUGUUUCAUUUUGGGAGGAGCAGAUUGAAUUGGAUGCUACAGCAUGCAAUGUCGCAACAUCAAGCUGCGCUUCAUUGCAGAAGUGGCGUGCUGCCUUAGCUCUUGUGGAUUGGAUGGGAAGCCUCAACACCGUUCGUCCUGAUCUGAUCACAUACAACACGUUGCUGGGCUCAUGCAAUCAGCAAGAGAGUUGGCAAGUCUCCUUGUUGUUGCUUGAGAAGAUCCGUCAACGUUUCCGGCCAGACCUUACCACCUACCAUGCUGUCUUGGAAGCUUGUGCUAUCGGCCACGCAUGGGCAACCUCACUUCAGAUUCUGGAAGAGAUCAUAUUUGCAUCCUUGCCAAGUGGCAUUGGAAGAAACUUAGCCGCAUCAGCAUGCCGAUCUGCAAACCAAAUCGACCAGGCCAAGCUGCUCCUGUUGGAGAAUCUACAAUUCGACAGUCCAGAUGUGGUGACUUUCAAGGCAAUCUUGGGACUUGCAGAAUCGGGUGAUAUGACUAGUCAAGCCCCGUACUGCUUGGAAGCCUUGGGUUUUUGUGCAGGUUCUAACUUAAUGGAAAAGCCAGAGGCUAUGGUAGCUACCCACUCCCAUUCGGAUAUGUUGGGACCCGCGCAAGCUGUGGUGGCGGUGGAGAUGUUGGACUGGCAUCAGUACCUGCACGCUGAGCUUUAUGAAAGGCUGGUGCGGCAAGUGGGAGCUCCAGCAAGGAAAGAAUUGCACAAGCUGUGUGAAGUGACUCCCCAGGGCAACUUGGGUGGGUACAAAACAAGGCUGCAGAACCAGAUACUUGAAAGGCAGUUUGGUUUGAGUCCUCCACUUUCUCUCAGCAUCCUUGCUGGCCUCAACAGCACUGAAGCGGUUGACACUUGGUGUGCCUUUGCUCGAUUCAGCACCCGUGGCUUCUCGCACUUCACGGAGAUUUCCCUGGAGGAGGAACCCACCUCCAAGGACUUAGCAGCUUGGGCCUCCUGGUCACUGCUCUGCUCGGUUUCACGAAGUACACGUCAGGGCUAUGGCUCAGAUCCGAGGACCCGACCGUGGAUGCUUCUCCCCUUACAGGUGCAGCAUGAUCGCAGUCCCCAUGCAGAGCGGCAACUGCUCUUAGCCAUUCUGAAGACGUGCCACGGCUCGACUGGCCCGCGAGAAAUCUUCGGCACGAGCGCAGCGAGUUCUUCGCGCGGCGAGUCGGCUCUUUUGCGCGCUUUCGGAGACGAAGCAGCAACGAAUCUCAACCGUCAUGGUAGUGGAUCUGCUGAGUUCCUCUUCUGUGGCUCUGCGGAGAGUGCUGAGGAAGAGUCAAAGAGGCCAGACUCUUCACUUGCCUUGGGUGGCAAGCGAGUGGAAAUCAUUCGUGGUGCACCACGAUGGUCUGGGAGCACUGACACAGGUGCUUUCCAGCAAGCCUUUGUGACGCCCACGCAAAGUAAAGAAUCUCUGGAUGUGGUUAUUGUUCGCGGUCAGUCCUCUUCGGCUGGCAUUGGCAUGGUGGCUGAGCUGGCGAAGACCAAGACUACGACCAUUGUGAUUUGGGAUAGGCAUCACAAGCAACGAGAUGAAAGCAAGGUAGCCUCAUCUGUGAAGAAAAAGACAUUCACAGAAGUGUUUGCCGAGCAGGGGCCAGACAAGGCAGUCAUGCAGAAGGCCGAGGAAUUCUUUUCUGUAGGUGCACCAAAGUGUGCUCUUGUGCACCUAGCAGAGGAACAGCUGAAAACCGAAGCAGAGCUGGAAAGACCCCUGUCAAAGGUCAACGACCUCAUGGAUUCGUGCAGACACAAUCACCUGGAGACGAUUGCAAACUUUAAUGUCUUCAAGAUCUACAAGCCCUGGAUUCAUGCGAAUCGAGCGUGCACCUUCGUAUUAAUACCACCAAAGCUGUGUUGGGAGUGGGAUGACGAUCUUGCAACCUGCACUGUGGGAUCGAGACGUAUUGUACGAUCUGAUCCUGUCCGAUUGCCUGAUGGGUCUGGCUGGACCGUGGGCUUGCAAAUGACCCAUUCUUCCGCAAGCGUCAAUGCAGUGCUAGCAUCUGCAACAGUCAUGAGCGUGGUCUUGGGCGAUGAUGCAGCAAAGCACAGCUUGGCUGGACGAUGCUUGGAGUUGAGUAUGCCAGUCUUUACUUCCUGGGCAAAGGAAGAUGCCUGA